AUGUCUGGAUUGAUAGACGAGGACGAGCUUCUCAACGAUUCAGAUUUUCAACACCACGACGUCAUGGUGCGAUUUUUUAAAACUGUUUCUCUGCUAUAAAAUUAUUUUUGAGAAAGUCCUGGACGAGGAGAUUCUUCUGGGGGUCAACUCAACUGGCGUGACAUUGAUCAGCGAGGAAAAUGGUGAUAUUAAAGUAGGCGAAGUAAGUCCCGUGGUCUUCCGAUUUGGUAUUAUUUUUGUUUAAUUUUCUUUGUUUUACUUCCCGCCUUUCACUUUUUUUUUUGAGAACUGUGGUCUACUAGGGUACACUGUCUAUAAGCUUUAUAGAAAACUUCUCACAAAUUUGUUUUUAUUUCACAAUAUUAUCCAUGUUAGUAUUUCUAUUCAAAUAUCCAUUUCCCCCACACAAAAGGUCUGUUUGGUUCAGAUAUCAGUUGGUUUAUUUGCGAGAACGUGGAUUUUUUAAAUAUUCACUUUGAAUUCCACUUUUUCGCGAAAAAAAAUCGCUUUUAUCUGAAUGUUCAGGCUGAAAUUAGGUUUAUUUGAAUCAAAAAAAAAGCUCCUAUCAAUUCCUUCAAUAAAACUGGUCACUGCGGUUAUUUUUCUCUCGUUUUAGUCGAAAUCGUCAGCUCGUUCGAUGUUUGAAUCCUCAACAGUCAAUCUUUUUUUCUUGAGAGAAGUCUCAGUUUCUUUUUUUUCACUUUGCUCUACCAAACAAGGUUUAGAUCAUCUAACUCAUAUUUGUUACAUAUAUCCAUUCCCCUGCGCAUUUUCAUUCCAUUGGCUCUAAUAAUUUAUAUGAUUUUUCGUCCCCUUCAUCGACCCCACCUACUUCUUUUCAGGCGUUUCAAAUGAUAUCCGGCAGAUCUGUGUUUAUGAUAUUGCUUUUAUUGAAAUUAUAUAACGGGUCGAAAUUGAUCUCGAGGUGUAAAUGUAUGCGUGUUCACGAGCAUAUUGCAUUGUCGACGUGUGUCUCAAUAAAAAAACUUCAUGAAAAAAGUAGCAAGUUUGCGGUUGAUGAUCCUUCGAAAUGUACUCCGAUGAAGCCCGAAGAUCUGGUUUCUACUUCAUAUAAAUCAGUUCAUUCGAAGAGAGAAUUUUAGAAACUAAACUUGAACGUGUUAAUAUUCCGAGUUGAUUCAGCCAAACUCUUUUGAGUGUGUCAAAAAGAUUUCUCGUUGAGGAGUGCUUCGAGAGGGAAAGUCCUCUGCCAGAGGCAUGAAGAAUCGAAAUUUGUGACGGUCCCUAUUCAUUUGUUUUUACAUCUGUGAGGUUGAGAGAGAACCCUCGAUUCAAAAAAAAAAAUCCAUAGAAGCAGCAGUUCAAUGUUGACAUCAUUCGUUCGCCAUUUCUAGUCUGCGCAAAGCUUUUGCUGAUGUUUUUGAAGACGCAGCAGUAUUUAAAACCCAAUAAACGCUUAAUUUCAUUGUCGCAAUAUUUUCAAUACUAGCAAAAGCUUUCCUAAAAAAAAAUCCUCAAAAAUGAAUCUAGAAUAGGGAGGAUACCACAAAUGCAUCAGUUUUAGGAACUUUCAAACUUGUGAUUUCUUUAGGGCUUGCAUGUUUAUUCAGUGGCUGGAAUGUUCAACAAAAUUAUAAAACCUCUUUAAGGUAAAUAUUUUUUUAGAGCAUCCCGAAAGCUGGAGUAGAUGAGAGUUUUGAAAAAGAAGAGUUGGACUACGACGAAGACGAAGAUGAGGAGAAGCAGGAGAGAACUUCGCGUUUCACCUCGGAGCGUCGACCUGAGAAGAAAGUACGGAGAAGCUCUCUCAAAUGAAACUAACUCAUCUUUCGGGCGAUUUAGACGGAAGUUGAGAUCAAAACCGUGCCGGGGACCGUGAUCACGAGCAUCGGAACGACUCGUGUCGGAAAUAAUUGGAGCGGUGGCUCCUCCAAUGUAAGAUCCAGUCACACUGAAGGAGUUCUGAAGGAAAUCUUGGCUUCUCAGAACUUCAACCGUCGGCCGAACGACGGACCUCGGCCUCUGACGAACACCUUCGUUCCCCCGCCCUUUCCGGUCUAUUCGAACGGACCUCACUCCAAAGUCCUCGUCAACCCCAACUUCUGUCCGGCGCCACAGCCAAUGGGUUUCAUCAAAUCUUUGCUUGGAUGUUGACAUCUUCAUCAAUUUUAGUUUCGCUGAGGAUGGACGGCGCUCCGCCGCAAGUUUUCGGCGCUCCCUUUGCUCAGAAUCCUAUGAUGGCCGCCUCUUCGAUGGGACCGAUCGUACCUCGUCUACCCAGCGGAAUUCCUUUGAUAUCUGGUUCAGAAACAUUUAAAUUAGAAGAAAACAACGAAUUUUUAAGGACUCCCCUCGAAUCAUGGAAUGGCCGGUUUCGGACCGUCUGUCCAUGAGAGAAUGCAAGGCGGCGGAGGAAUCUCCCAAAUCGGUUACGGAAUGUCGAGCGGCGGCAAUUGGGAUCGCGCUGUCGAGGACUUUCUGAUGCAGGCCUCGACGUCUUCUGGAAGGACACGACGUCGGAGUUCUUCUUAUUCCGGAGAUUCCAGCUACUCUGAAAGUUAUAGGUUUAGAAUAUUCAUAUCGGGAUGGUCACCUGGGUUUUCUAUUUCAGCUCCGGGUCAAGAAGUCGAUCUCGAUCGCCGCGGCGCCGGAGACCUCAGCCCAGCGAAAAGUCUCGUGCUGCUCCCAGAAGACGUGACGACGGCGACCGACGUCGUCCGAGGGAACAGAGACGCGAAAAUCCCCGCAGAGACGAUGCCAAGCGAAGACAGAAUAAUGAGCAGGUUCGUUCAGAGAGUUGUAUAAAGAUUGAAAGAUUAGAUUUUGAAAAAUGGCUUCAGGAUCUUCCUCCAAAGUUUUCUGUACACUCUCCACCCCUUUCCUUACAAAAGUGUAAAAUUGAUAAGAAUCGAACGUAGUUCAUAAAAAGUUAGAAACCUUGUGACCCUUCAAACAAAAUAAUUAACACCUGGAUCUUGAUAGCUCAGUGGUUUCAGCUUUCCGGGAGAAUGAAGUUUUCAUGUUUUGAAAGAUGUUCAUAUAUCAAAAGCUAUCUAAAUUGACAUUUCGAUCGAUAAAAAAAAAGUCAUUUUUUUACUUCUGCCCACAAGAUAUUAUAAAAAAGAAAAAUAGUAUCCAUAAAUUCAAAACGUUUUUUUUUCUUGGAAAAUGAAGUUAUAUUCAGAUUUUGAAAAUAGAUUCAACCAUUUUUUUUGUCAAAACAAUGGGUUUUUUUUUUCGCCGUUGGAAAAGUAGAAUUAAUUAUGGCAUCUCAAAGAAUAGCGCACCUGAAGCCCAGGAAAGCUUGAAAAAACUGAAAUCGACGUGAAACUUAGUACCUAGCAAAAUUUUUCGCAUUUAAUGAAAGAUAAAAACGUGUUUUUCUUCGAAAUUCCAAAAGCAGGAUUGGAAAGAGCUUUGCAGAUUUCGAUGGAGUGCGCGAAAGCGAUAGGCCUGAGCAAAGAUUAUCUGAUGAAGGUCGACGAGCAGAAGAAGAAACGCGACGAGAUCCUACGCCGGAAAGAGCAACGACGCUACGGAGCCGACGAACAGCCGCAGAACUCGACGGGCUCCUCAAAGCAGACUACUGUAGGUGUACGGUAGAAUUCGCUGUAAUCUCCCUUUCGUAGCAACCGCAACAGCAGCAGAGCGCCACUUCAACACGGGAAUCUCGCAGCGAAACGGCCAAAAUCGAACGAGAAAGGAAGACCAAGGCGUAUCUGGCCGUGAAUGUGAACAACGUCAAGCAAUUGCCGACGGCCAAACUUCGAGUCGAGACUUUGGCCAAAGAACUUGGAGCUAUCAGGGUAAAAUUUAAAUACAAGUUGUUAGAAAUAUAUGAAAAGAUAGUUUCAUUCUUUUCGAGCUCAUUUUUUUUUUUAAACUAAAAGCUGAGAAAAAUCGCUAACCUAAUGUUUGCUCUAUGGAUAAAUUCAAAAAAAAAUAAUAAAAUAUAUGUCAUAAAUUAAUAUUUAAAUUUUUAAGUUUUUGGAAAAUUAAAUUUUUUUACAGUAGUUUCUGUGUUUGAUCAGCCAUCACAAAGAAAAAAAACUCUUUCCCGAUUUUUCAAAUUUUCUAGGAAUUUUCUGAAGAAUCGCUUCUAGUAUGAAAAUUCUCCUUGAACUCACUCUUUUUUCAAUUUCAAUGAUGUUUUCUUUAUCCUUAACUAUUUUCCUGUUUUCCAGAAAUGUUGGCAAUCCUCAGACGAUACAGUAUCCGUGAUUUUCCUAGAGCACGACAAGGCGAAAGACUUCAUGCUCAAGUAUAAUAAGUGAGUUUUCAACAGAUCAGGUUCCUAAUUAAUCAUCCAACUUUUCAGCAAAGUUUUAUCGGGUCUCCGCGUGAGCGUCGCCCUCGAGAAAAAGUAUCUCAACCUUAGCGAAAUGAGCUAA